AUGUCUCAGGCCGAGGCAACUCGAACUGAAUCCAUUGAGGAUCAAGAGCGUGCAAGGGAAGAGGAGUCUGACAAGAAGCCCAAGUCUCGUCGCCCAGCCAACACUGCAUUUCGCCAGCAACGCUUGAAAGCAUGGCAACCGAUCUUGACCCCUAAAAGCGUUCUUCCUCUCUUCUUCAUAGUCGGCAUUAUAUUUGCUCCGAUUGGGGGUGUUCUUAUUUGGGCGAGCUCUCUGGUCCAAGAGAUUUCCAUCGAUUACUCCGACUGUCACACUGCGGCCCCAUAUGGAAACCAGGCCUAUGUUCCAAAAUACUCUGCGACAUUCAAAAACGAGCUUUCAACACCGCCUACCUGGGAACGACACAACGAUAGCUCCGGAGCCACCGUCUGCACGCUCUACUUCACCCUUCCGAAUGACCUUCCAGCACCCGUUUUCAUGUACUAUCGUCUUACCAAUUUCUAUCAGAAUCAUCGCCGAUAUGUCCAAUCGCUUGACCUUAAUCAGUUAAAGGGCGACGCUGUAUCCUACAACACACUCAAAGGAGGCACUUGUGACCCUUUGGCGACCGAUGGGGAGGCAAAGAAAGCGUAUUACCCGUGUGGAUUGAUUGCGAACUCGAUGUUUAACGAUACUAUUGGCGAACCAAAUAUCCUGUCGGGGUCCGGAAGUAACAGCAACCCGGAAACGUAUCCCAUGACCAAGAAAGGGAUCGCGUGGGAUAGUGACAAGAAGCUCAUCAAGCAGACAAAAUACCAACCAGGAGAGGUUUUGCCCCCACAGAAUUGGGCCAAGUACAACGGUACUUACACAACGAUCCCCAAUCUCGAGGAAGAUGAGGACUUUAUGGUAUGGAUGAGAACUGCCGGCUUGCCAUCAUUUAGCAAGCUCUCUCGCCGAAACGAUAAUACUACGAUGAAACAAGGCUCUUAUUCUCUGGACAUUGUUCACAGGUUUCCCGUCACUGAAUACGAUGGAACCAAGUCGAUUUUGAUCUCUACUCGGACAGUCCUUGGUGGCAAAAACCCUUUCAUGGGAAUCGCCUAUGUGGCGGUUGGUGGAGUGUGUGUUCUCCUCGGGGCAUUGUUCACUGUUGCGCAUCUGGUGCGACCGCGGAAAUUGGGUGACCAUACUUAUCUUACAUGGGAUUCAAAUCAGCCGAGCACUGCUACCACGACGGGACGAGAAGAUCACGCUUGA